AUGAGAGAGUUGCAGAGAAAGAGAUCACAGGGGACGGGAAAAGAUAAAGGAGGUUGUGUUGUGGGGCAAAAAGGUGUUGAGUCAUGGACUCAUGGUGGGGAGGUCUUCGGUGGAUGCGUCACAAUCGAAUGUACCUUUGUUUCCCUUCGGCCAGCUCUCCUCCAGGAAAAAAUUUUGAACAGACAGCGAUGGAGGGUCUGUGCUCACGUUCAGACAAAUAAAACGUGCAAAUUAAUAUCCUUCUCAAUCUUUAAGAAUGUGCCUUUUGCUGGUUAA